AUUGGUUGUGCGUUUUGUGUUUAAUUAUUCGAUCGUAUUUAUUUACGGACGGUGCAGUGUUAUACUUAUAAAUCAUGUCGCUUCAAAUGGAGUUUGACUACGAAGCGGCAACGGCGUUAAUGGACAGAUUUUCUCAAGCAGAUAUCGACCAGUUACGGGAAUGGAUUUUAACUUUGGAUAUAAAUAAAUGUGUGCCGAAAGAUCUUACGGACCAGCAGUUAGUGUUGUUUUACAAUGCUUGCUACGGGAAUGUAGAAAAGGUUAAGAAUUGUAUAGAGAAAUAUUACGCUCACAAGAAAAAUUCGCCAGAUAUGUUUGAUAAUCGUAUCGUUUUUUCGGACGAGCUGAAACCUUCUACUGAAGCCCUAGAGUUCUCGUUUUUCCCCGAGAAGUCCGUGGACGGGUACGACAUCAUCUACCAUCGGCUGCACUACACGGAACCCUCCAAGUACCACCUGGAGCCAGGGUGUAAACUCCUCUUCAUGACUGUUGAUGCGUGUCUAUGCAAGCGGGGGCCCACGCCUGGCUACAUCUUCCUAUUCGAUAUGAGAGGCGUCCGACUUGGCCAUCUCACGCGCGUCAGUCUUUCAUCCCUCCGAAAGUUCUUCCAUUUCGUGCAAGAAGCGUGGCCGAUCCGCAUGAAGGCGAUCCACGUGCUGAACUCCGAACCCAUCGUCGACAAGCUGAUCCUCCUCAUCAGGCCCUUCAUGGAGAAGAAGUUCUUUGACAUGUUAAAAUUCCACAGCAAGACAGAAGAUCUAGAGAAAUUCUACGAAACAGUCGUCCCUCGCUCCGCCCUCCCACCCGACUACGGAGGCACCCUCCCUGACACACAAACUUUGCACAAGAAGUGCAUGCAGCAACUGCAAGCUUUGGAACCAUACUUCACUGCAGAAGAAGAACAGAGGGCCAGAGCGUACCCUGAUAAGAAAAGAGACAAGGCGUUGAAUAAGAACUUCAAGAAACUGGAUAUAGAUUAAAUUUUGUAGGACUUAAGGUACGCUGGUGGAUUUUUCUCUUAAUUAAAUAGCUCAAAAGGCUGGCUAAAACAUGUAUAGCUUAGUCUGGCUCACGAUUUUGACACUAGAAAAAGGGUAUAUAAAUAUUUUAAUAUAUUUUUGCCUUAAAAUACUUCCACGGUUGAUCUGGUGUUAUAGGUACGAUUAUGUUUAAAAAUCUUUUUAUUAGCUAUGAAAUUGGGAUUCUGAAUUUAUUUACUUAAGUAUUUUGAAAAUCGUUAACUAUUGCCAAUUUUAGAGCUCUCAUGAUUAUAGUAUUAAUAGCAAGGGACCUGCAUGUCUAUAGUACCUACAUAGAAUCCUUAAAAAUCAUAGACAACGCGCUUGUGACACCUCUGACCGACGAGCACGACUUUCAUUUAGCGCGACUCCAACUAUGACUCACGCGCGAGUAUGCAAGUCCUGCUAGCAGAUCUGGAGUUGCAACCGUUCAUAGGCUACUGUGUUGACUUACCAUGUGCCGUAAGCUUAUAAAAAAUAUGUAGUACAAAGUUUUUAUUCAAAUCGUCAAUUGUAUUCCUAGAUAGUUUUUGUAUAUAAAAGAAAAUUGACAAAAAAAAGUAAAUCGAGUACUUAAUAUUUGCUCACUAUGGUCUGACCAUAAUAGAUAAGUAGGUAGGUAUGUUAUACCUUUUGCACCAAGCUUGAAUUUAGUCAAUGUAAUAUGUACCUGUCUUGAAAUGUUAAUUAGGUAUCAUCAUGAUCUAGAGUAGACCCAGGAAUAUGUGAGCGUUCAUAAAAAAAGUGUUGAAAACUUGGACAUUUUGAGACAAUUUUUAAAUGGUGGGACGGAGAGUGCUAUUCUUAGUACUAACGAACUAAAAAUACCAGGAUUUAUGAAGUUUGGUUUUCGACAUUUAAAAAAAAAACUCCUAUGUACAGACAGCAUUAAAUAGAUGUUGGUUUUUAUGAUGAACAAACAACGGAGCGGCAGCUAACCUCCAUUCACCGACAGUCAUUACAAAUCUUUAAAAAAUGAGGUUACCUAAUUGUACAUGUCAAAAUAAAUUAAUUCGUUCAUUCAAAUGCACACUGUAGGUAUACUGAUAUUCCAUCCGAGUACAAAACCAUUUAUACCUUGUCAAAGAUAUAUUUUAAAUAUGAUAUUAGAAGGUAAAUGUAUAUAAAAAUUAAAAAGUCGUAUAAAACGGUAGAUGUCGUGCAUAAUUGUUUUCAGUCGUAUUUUCUCGGAAAUGUUCGUAUUUGUCAUGCUAGUUCGGUAACCGUAAGUACUAGUACUGAGACUGGCUGAAAUAGCAUGACACGUUCGUGAGUUUCCGUAAAAGUACGAAGGUAAAAGACGAAGUGUACUCACACCACAGAAUUACAGUUAAACCAGAAUGAGUAGUUAGGUCAAAAAGUGUGUCCACAUGAGAGGUCAUUGUUUGGGCUGGUGUCCCUCUCGCACUUACUGACAAUGUCAACAUUAUUCAGUGA